AUGUCUCAGACCAAUUCGUUCCAACCGUGGAAACAAUCGCUCCCGGUCGGUUUGCCGUCGAACCUUGGCACCUCGGCUAUCUUCGGUGGCACCACAGCUGUCAGUGCAGCAGCAGCAGGCUAUGGAAAAGUACCAGCACUACUACCACCACAGCAACAACCCACCCCAUCACCAUCGUCGUCCUCAUCGUCAUCCACGUCGUCCCUGCACUCCGUUAGCUCGUCAACGCCGGUCUCAUCGGGUGCACUAGGUACCGGCACAUGCACUCCAAUGCACACGUCACAGCUGACGGUCGCGUCACCCGGGACCGGUACCGUAUCGUCAUCGACUACUGCCGGUGGUGGCACCGAUUUUCUCACUCAAAUGGCCGUUAACAAGCUGAAGCUGGGCAAGCUCAAUGCCAGCUAUGAACUGACCGGUGGCACCACCGGUCCAGCAUCCCACCCACCGGCUGGAAGUGGUACCGAGAUGGAUCUGGACCUGAGCGCGGAACACGAUCCGAGCGUUGCAGCGAUGAAGGCGAUGUUGGCUAGUUCACGGUGUCACAAUGCGAGCGCCCUUGGGGAUCGUGAUCGCGAACAGCAGAUACAGCAAAUAUUUGAAAAAUCCAUCAGUGACACCACGAAGAAACAGAUUGUGGAAAUAUUGGAAAAAAUAUCGACCCUUCGGCCACCGGAGCGAUUGCUGCUGUACCUUCGCAUGCCUGGCGGUUAUCCGGAAACAGAUCCUUUGCGCCAGUCACAGAACCCGCUCGGGACGCGGCUAGAGAUUAAUCACACGAUCAACUGGGUCCGGUCGCAUCUAGAGCACGACCCGAAUGUGUCAAUUCCGAAGCAGGAAGUGUACGAAGAUUAUGUAGCAUACUGCGCCCGGAUCAACAUAAAGCCACUGUCCACGGCGGAUUUCGGCAAGGUGAUGAAGCAGGUUUUUCCCGGGAUCCGGCCGAGGCGGCUUGGCACGAGAGGACAUUCCAGAUACUGUUACGCUGCGAUGCGCAAGGCCACAAAACUUCCCAUCCCGAAGCUUCCCGAUCUCACCAGCGCAGCCGGCUCAUUUGAGAAGCAGUCAAACGAGAGCCAAAGCUUCAGCGAGGAAGAAUCCUGGAAGGUGGUAAAGGCGUGGGCCGAAGCGAUGCUUCCGUCAUGCUUCGGCACGAUCAGCGAGCUGGCCAGCUUCAUCGCGAAGAACAACCUGAACACACCGUCCGGCAUUGGUAGCCGGCAGCAGCUGCACAAGAAGAUUCUUCAACGAGAGAUGAAGGAAAAGCGAAAGCUAUCCGCUGUAGCGAUGAAGAAACGCCGCAAGAAGCGCAGGAAGACACUGUCAACAAGCAUUUGCGAUGGACCAGAGUCCCGAAAUACCAGCACCCCGGACAGCAGCAAAUCAAAGCCGAUGGGAGCGUUCGGUGCGGUCGAAACUCAGCCGAGAACCGUAAGUACAAAACAAACACCGCCACAGCAACACCCCACAACGAUGGUCGCUUCCUGUAACGGAGCUGCCCAGGGGGCGCCGACGAAUCAGCUACUCCAGCACAUGAUUAAACGUGAGCAGCAGGAUUAUCUCGAUGAGGACAACAACAAUACCACCGUCAUCGGGAGUGGCAAAAUGAUGCUACUGCAACGUCAGCAACAGCAGCAGCAGCAACAACAGCAGCAUCAAAGUACAAAUCUCAACUGUGAUACUAGUAAUGGUGUCUUGGAGUCGUUGAACAAAGACCUGAUGAUGGCAGUAGCGGCCAGCGGGUUUCUUCCACCGUCAGCGACCAGUAUACCAUCAGCAAUCGCACACGGCACUCACCCACCGCAACAUGUGCAGCAGCAACAACAGUUGAUACAACAGCGUCUGCUAGAGGGUGGAAUGCGCAGCCCGCAGGAUCAACAGUUUCUUCAGAAUGUGUACUGCAAAAAGGUACGCCAGGCGCAACAGCUGAAGGCCGUCCAACAACAGCAGCAAGCACAGCAGCAAUUGCAGCUGCAGCAACAUCAGCAACCAUCCGGCGGCCAUCCGCAGUCACCGCUGUUCUUUCCCAACCGGCCGACCAGUGUGCAGAAACGGCAGCUUGCGAACAGUGUCGCGUUCGCCGGUAGACAGAAGCGCCUAAAGCUGCUCCAGCAGCGCCAGCAGCGUUCGCUCGAAGCGCAAAACAACAGUGCGCCCCGGUACGACGAACAGGGCAAUCUAAUACUCAUCGAAACGCAAGACCCGACGACCCAGGAUGAGUUCAUCAUACCGCGCGAACGGGUCAUCAGUAUUUGCAACAUGGACAAAAACGCACUCGACGGCUACCUGAACUGUGAGGAGGAAAACUCCCAGGACCAGGACCAAGAGCUGUUGAAGUACUUCCCGGAGGAGGAUGGUGCCGGUGGGACAGCGCAACAGCAACUUAACGCUUCGGUCGAUAACGAUGGACCUUCUUCGGCCAGCUUCGGCACCGGUUUGUUCGAUGACGAUGAAAAGCUGUUCCAGAUACGCAUGAUUCUCGAAAAGAACCAGAGCAACCAGAACAAACAGCAGCAGAUGUUGCAGCAACAGCAACAACAGCAGCAGCAGCAGCAAAUGCAGCAAGCACUUGAGUCGCAUCUGGCGGCGUACGAGUCAACACCGGGUACGAUGACCCAAAGCCACCAGUCGGGUGGAAAUAUGGGAUUGCAGCCGGGAUCGGCUGCUGCUUCUUUGGCCGCCCUAUCUCAGCGCCAUAACACCACCGCUGGUGAUCAUCCAUCGACUACAACCUCCACGACCGUUCACGCACCGGAUCAGCAGCAACGGCAGCAGCAUAAACACUCCGCUGGAAGCAACACCCAUGAGGGUGAAAUGAUUGCUCAAAAUUAUGGAACGAAUCAAAUGAACGGAACGGUCGCACUAAGCGGCACUCAAGCAGCGCAAACAUUGCAAAGUCCAACGGCUCGGCGCAAGAACUUUAGCUUCGUACCAAUCUCCGAGCAACCGCGUGUCGGUUCGGGCAGCAAACAGCUGGCGGGAGGGGGUAACAUAAACCACACACCCACCGCCAGUCCGUUCGUAAGCCCAAGAAGUACACCGAUCCACCGGAAAGCUCACAAACCAUCGAACGGACUGACGUUGAACUUGGGAGAUAACAAGUUCAACAAUCAGCCCGGACACCACCAGCAACAGAUGUCACUCACCGGCGGACCAUACGGCCAGCACCAUCAGUCGCAGCAACAGCAUCCGCAACGAUCUUACUUGAGCGGAUAUAUAAAGAACGAACUGCCCGCAUCGGCACCACCGAGUCCUUCGAUGAUGCAACCGUACCGGUUUGGUGCGAUGAGUGGUAUAAACUGUGGCAUCUCGUCCAUGCCGACUACUUUCCAACCGAUCUGCAACCCACACGGCAGCCUGUCAUCGACCACUUCCGGUGCGGGAGGUGGCCAUAAUGGGCCGGUAUCAUCACUCGAGUCUCGAUCCAGCAGUGUACCCUUGAUUCCAAACUACGACCCAUACUGCAACUCCAACUAUACGUCCGUCUCACAAACGCCCGUCCCGUCGGAGUACGAUGAUUUUACCGAUACCGGUAACAUUCUGGACAUGCUGAACGAACAAUCGAACCAGCUGACGGCGGCGGUGAAGAUCGAAGAAUCGGAACUAACCAUGCCCGAUUUGCUUCCGGAGCAGCUACAACAGCAACAGGAAGAUGGAGGGUUUUUUACACGUUCCGCCAACUAUAAUAUCGUAUCGCGUUCCGUUCCUUCAACGCCACUGCCGCAUCUCGGUGGGUUUAGGGCGAACAGCUCAACCGCCAAUGCCGGUGGGUGCAUCGGUCCGAUGGGUUCCGGUGGUCUCGGUAUGGUAGCGACCCGUUCCAUGUUCGAGCUACCCAAAUCGGUCCCCUCGACACCAAUCGCGCUGAACGAGAGCAGCUGCCAGGGUGAAUCGAUGUUCCAGUACAGCCCGGAAACGUCACGCGAUUUCCUCAUCAAUGGGAACUCCGUCGAUCGCAGCAAAUCAUCUGCCGCUUCGUUCUACUCCCCGGUAAACGGUGCCGGUGGUUCCAGCAGCACAGCAGCCGGUGGAGUUCCCGGAGCGCUUGCAAUGUCCACCAAAGCAUCGGAUACGAUUGCCGGUGGUAAUCCUGCCGGUGAGCUUGCUACAUCGCAUCGGACCGGUAGCGGUGGCGGUCCGUGCACGGUACAUUCCACAUCCGCUGCGACGGCGGACCCGAUCGCACCACCGUCUGCCGAUCUGGCCAGCGUGCUGUCCGACGGCAUCGAGGGCCUUUCGAACGAGCUGGACAGCAUGGCGGAAUCGAUGAUCAAUUCCGACAUCUUGCGGAAUCUGUAG